UUGUCGAGUGAGGGUCGUGUCUAUGUGAAAGCUCCCGCAUUUUCUGCUGUGCGCGUGGUGUCCUUCCAUCGUUUUCACACAUUUCAUUUUUUGAAAAAACAUUUUUGAAACAUAAAAAAUCAACUGAUUGUUCUCGAUUGAUGUGUGAUUGACACGAUUAGUGUGGAUAUUUGGCCUUGGAGGGAAAACGCAUUUCGGCCAUGCCGAUCGUCGAUGACUGGCUAGUUUCGGAUUGAACUUUUUUUGGGGGAUUUUUUUUUUUUUUUUGAAAUUCACGUGUGUGUGUGUGUGUUAGUGAGUGUGUCGUGUUCUCUUUUUCUCUCUGUGUGUGUGAGUGUGUCCCUGUGAGUUUGAAAAAAAAAAAAAAAUAAGGAAGGGCACACAAAACAGCUAAGCCCCUGAACAGACGCCAUUACGAGCCGCCAUCAUCUCGUCCAGACUUGUCCGAUUCAAAGAUGGCCACUCUUUGGCGAAGGCGUCAAACAUGGCCGCAUUGGCUGGUCGUGUUCUUGUUAGCGCAGCUGUUGAGGCCUUGCACGUCGCUCAUUCAGAGCAUGUCGUCCGUGCUGGAAGAGGUGCUGGAACACGGCCCGCUCUUCGACGAAAUGGAGGACGAGGCUUGGUGGAGUGGCGUCGACGUCAUCGACACUGCCCUGCGGUCGUCGUGGCCCGAUGCCGGUUUCAUAUCGGACUCGGCCUUAUUAGCUCCCGGUGCGUCGUCCUCGAUGGACGACGAUGACUUCUGUCGCUUCUGGCAAUCGAAUCGAAUGCAUCCUUCGAGCUCUUCCUCCUCUCCGUCUUCGCUGCCGGCCGAAGCUUGCGCCCUGAUGAACAGGGCGUUGGCCGUCGACCUAUCGGGCGGAUCGGGUUCGCUGUUUUUGCUGCCCCGAUUGCCUCCGCCGCCGCCCGUCCCGCCCACGCUGACCGAGCUGGUCAAGCAGCUCAAUCAACUCGGUCAGGUUGCACAGGAGCAGACGACGGUCGGUAACGAUGACAAUGAGUGCCUGCUAUGUCAGUGGGCCACGCUCAACGGCACCAUCGAUCUCCUGCCCAAUUCAGAAUUGAGCAGCGAGAAUACCUGGGUGCCGAUGCUCGUCGUCGUGGCGCUCGUCUCUGCCAUGUUGGGCGCCGUCCUGAUGAUCACCGCCCUCAAAUGCCGCCGGUUCAAGGUUCUACCACGAGGAGGAUCCUGCCCAACGCUUCCGGUUGGUUACAUGGUGGGCGAAGGUAAGGAGGGCGUCGUCCAAUCGAACGCUAGCGAACUGAGCGGCAUGGAAACGAUGCCGAAGAGUUACACGGCCAGACAGCCGGCCGAAACGAACGGCACGAUGACGUCGACGCUCGGCCGCCCGCGAUUGGAAACGCCGACGAUGAACGUCGUGACGGACUCUGCCGGCCAGCCGCAUCCGAUGCAGCAGCUGCAAAAGCAGACGGCCAAAACCAAGCCGUCCGAAACGGCCACCGGAUGGAGGGUGAAACUCUGGCGGAAGAUGACGGGCUCGGGAUGCAACGAUUCGGAUUACUGCCAACAUCCGUACGGUGCGGAUGAAUCGGACGACAUUAGCGCCGUCUACGCCGAACUGAACAGCGUUGCCGGAUCGACGGUGCACAGGCCGUCGCCCAUCUACCACCUGAACACGUACUCUGAGAUCCGCGAGCCGCACCACGUCAUGAUGCCGCCGCCCCCUCAUCCGCCCCACCCGCAACAGCCGCAAACGUCCUCGUUGGCGGCAACGCUGCACUUGCGCAGGCUGUUGAGCGACGGCACCUACGAGAACGCCGGCUACGCGCUGGAACGCGGCGUCAUCCUCAUGGAACACGACGCCGUCAGCAGUAAUUGCAGCGCAUCGACGCCCAGUAGCGCCUAUUAUUCGGAUUUAUCUCACUCGGAUCGAAGCGGCUCGUUGCACCAUCAACAGCUGAUGCAGUGGGCCGGCGGAAGCCAACAGUGCCGGCCUCGCCCGCGAGUCGGCAGCGAAAGUCACGGAUCUUCGCACAGUUUGCCGCCUCACCAGCACUGCUGCCACCACCACCAUCAUCUGCACCACCAUCAUCAGCAUUCGCGCAGCUUGCAAGAGCAGCAGAUGAUCAGAGCCCGCGAUCUGAUGCCAGUCGCCCUCCAGGUCAUCCCCGAUAAUCAGCAAACUGUGCCCGUUUUGCAUUAUCUAGCGGACGACGUGUCCGCUUCCGCAGCAUCAGCAUCAGCCGCUUCUGCUGCUGCUGCUGCUCACCAUCAUCAGCUGUUGUCGGCCGCCUUCUCGCGGGGCGGUGUCUCGUCUUCCAUGCGAGACGACGGCUCUUCCGGCUCGUGCAAGCGGCCCUUGCCGCCGCUUCCGUCGCGGCAGCAACAGCGUCCGCAGCGCCGCUACGCCUACGCGGUCGAUCACCAGGCUAACAGUUCGUCAGGAAAUGAAACGCCACCUCACGACACGGCUGGCGGAGGUGAAUCUCCGGCCCUUUCAUGCGUUCCAUCCGAGUACGUGUGAAAACUAAAACAAAACAAAACAAAAAAAACAAAAAAAAAACAAAAAAAAUGGGCAAAAAUCAAGUGACACGUAGUUCAGAUUUGUUCCAGUUCCAGCUCCACAUCUAGUAUAUAUAUAUAUAUAUAUAUAUAUAUGAAUAUGAACAUGAAUAUAUAUUAUAUCAUCCGUGUUUCUUCCGUGCCAAAAAAAAAAACAAAAACAAACAAACAAUCAAACAAAAACAAAACACAAAUUAUUUUGGGAAGAAGAAUGAAAUUAGUGAACAUAUCCAGCAAAAAAAAACACAUCAAGUUUUAAUGUGUGUGUGUGUGUGAUGUGUGUGUGUGUGUGUUUAAUUUCCGUCUUCCGAUUGUGUUUGUGCGGGUGUGGAAUCCUAGUCAUGAUUCGAUUCCAGACUCGUGUUAAAUUUUUUUUCUGGAGAAGAAGAGGAGAGAUGCAUCCCAUUUUCGUCGUGUUCCAGAUGGACACAACAACAAGAAAAAAAAAAAAAUCUCAACCAGCUGGACGUCUGCCUUUCUCUCGCUCAACGGGUCCACCAAGAGUCGACCGAACAAAUGAGAAGACGCGGAGGAGGGAAAUGAAAACAACGGGGGGCAUCAAUUCGAUGCCCGGCCAAAGAUGUUUUCAUAUUUUCUUUUUGUUUUUUUUUUUGUUUUUUCCAGCCUUGGAUUUGGGUUUCACUGUUUUUCGCCAAACUCCACAGGCGUCUGCAAUUCCUCUCUGAAAAGAUGAACGGAAUGAAAAAGCUAUUUUCUUCUUUUCUGAAAUGGCCCUCGAACAACAACAGGAAAAAAGCUAUUGCCAUUCCAGUUACGGAUGUCUCAGUCCGCAACCUUUUCUUUAUAUAUAAUUUUCUCAAAUCAAAGCCAUCGAUGGAGAACGAUGGCCUGUUUUGUUUAGUUUUUUUGUUUUUUUUUCUAUUCCUUUUCUCGAUGUGUUAAAGGUGAUGUUUCUAAAUUCUCUCUUUUGCAUAGAUUCAAUUUUCAAAAAAUCACCUACUUUCUCCGUGUGCAUAAUGUAAUUUUCUAAUUUGUCUUUAUCCUCACAAAUACUAUUGAAAUCAUCGUUGUUCAUAAUGUACAUAGAAAAUAUCACAAGAUAUCGGGACGGUCAGACAGGGCGAAACCUUGUUGUCAAUCCAAGAAAAAAGAACUAACAUUCAAUUUGAAAGAAAAAAACAAAACAAACAAAAUCAAUAAUUUUAUUUAUUUUUUUUUUUUUUUUUUUUUGAUUUAUCAAUGUUUGUGUGCCGCCGUGUGUGAUGGAGCUUGCCCCGCUAUUAUAUUUAAAAAAAAAAAAAAAAAAUACAACCCUCUUACUAUAUUGAAUAA